GUAGACAGAGUAAAAUUUCACGUUUGAUAAUUUGACAUGACAGACAAAGCAACGCAGGGUUAAUCCUACCAGCUGGUCACUGGACGUGGCUUCCUGAGCGGAUGAACAGUGACAGAUGAUGAGUUUAGUGCCCUGAGGAUUGCGCACAAGACAGUCAGUGAUCUGCUAACAGCCGUUUAACUCCGCAGAGUACCAGCCGCGGCGGCAGCCUGCAAGACCUACUCAAUCUGGACGACUUGUUGAGACACUACGCUUAGAGAGGUAAUAAUUGAUCGAAACGAACAUUCUCCGUAACACAGUCUGAGCUCAAGACUCCCACAUCUUCUGACCGGGCACAAAGUCUCAGGAGAUACAUCUCCAGGAUCGUUUCACACAACUUUUACGCGCAACCGGGGAACCUGCCGAUGAUCAGAUCUCGAUGCGCUGUCACCUGCAGCACGGACUACACUGCAAUCUAUACUCACACAGGUGUGAUUAUGUUGAUUGUGCGAACAGCAGGAAUGGAUGAAACGACCCGCUUCAUGCUUUGCUGAAACGAGACCAAACCACGGACACUGGGAACUUGUCUUGAACAGCUUGCCGCGCAGUGUGCCAAAAUGAGCUUUUACUACCAGAGCUGGAGGAUCUUACAGAUAUUCUUUGCAACAAUAAUCACUGUUCUCACACAAGAUUUGAGCAGUAAAGAGCUAACUGACUUUAAGAGCCCAGUGCCUUUCCCUGUCUUCUUGCCUGUCAACUAUGAGGUGCAAGAUGCUGACUUCCUCUUCUUGAAGGAGGCUGGGCAGGACUUCAUGAGGAACUCCAGCAUGCAGAGCCACACGCAGCCCUUUGUUAUCUUGCGGGCCAUCCGGCAGCCAGCUGUCAACGCCAGCUACGGCACUAUGUCCACAGAGCAGCUUGUGCCUCGAGAUUUGAUCCAGACUGUGCAGCCUUUCAACGUGCCAGACGUCUUCACCUUUGACUGGAAAAUUCAGGCCUUUGUGCUGACGCCUCGGGUUUUCUCCUCCAAGCCCAAAGUGCGGGUGCUCUUCUAUGUUGCAGGGAGGGACUGGGGGAGGGGGGAAGGAACUGUGGAUGAGCUACCGUGUGUCACAGUGUAUGCUUUCUGGCAGACCCAGGAGGUGAAGGGUUCUUGUGCCAUGGGAGGCGAGAGAGGAACCUGCAUGGCUGAGCUAGCACCAGCACCUAGCUGGUUUGCUCCAGGGUCAGAGGGCACCAGCAGGGAGAGGCAGGACCCGUCUACUGGAAACCCUGUGGAGUUGUACUACCAGACGCAACCCAAAGUCAAUGGGAAGUGUGAUUCUGUGGAUGGAAGUCGUAAGGCUGACUCAGAGCCACAGCCAGAGUUUGUUCCUGUCACGCCCAUGCAGAGGAUUGGCAGCGUGCGUCUUCUGCAGGUGCCCAAAGGAAUGGCAACACUUUCUCGGCUCAAGCUCGGCAAUGCCAUUGUCAUACGGACAUCCUCCAAACCGCUGAAGAAGACUGAUUUCGCCACCUUCUACAUACUCAUGGCCAGCUCUGUUCAGCUGACUAACUUCACUCUCAGAGCUACAGUAAAUAAUGGUGUGACCUUUCGAACAGCGACACCCAGUAACUCUUUACUGUGGGACAUCACUCUGGAUAUGGGUGCAGAUGGAGCCAUUGCAGUUAUUUGUCAGAGGAAAGCUCCUAUACCUGGGAAAAGGCUUGACAGCAGUCUGCUAGAGGUGCUUCAGAUGGAUUUUGAAGUGGAGGAGCUGAGCAGUCCUCUCGACAGUCAGGUCAUUGUAUGGAGGCUGGAAAUACCAUCCGGGUCCAAAAACGUAGCCAAGACAGAAGGAGCCAUGAGGAUCUACACUACUCAGAGAGACUAUGUUGGCCUGGCCCCUCUUGUAAUGGGCACAGAGAUCCUGAACACAGCUGUUCUGACUGGAAAGAAGGUAGUGAUGCCUGUGAGGACAGUCGCGGUGGAAGAAGAUGGAGUGGUCACCGAUGUGUCUGACUACACAGACUGUAGCUCCACUGAUGAAGAUGUACUCAAGGUGUCCGACAGGUGUGACUAUGUUUUCGUGAAUGGUAAAGAGACGAAGGGCAAGGUGAAGUUGGUGGUGAACUUUACCUACAGCUACCUGAGUGCUCAGCUUGAAAUGAACGUAUGGAUGCCUCGACUCCCCCUCCAGAUUGAGGUAUCAGACACGGAGCUGAGCCAGAUCAAAAGCUGGAGAGUACCCAUACUAACCUCAAAAAGGCCUGGCUGGACCAGUGACGAAGACGACAGGAAGGGGAAAGGAUGCAUGCUGCAGUUUCAGCAUGCCCUGGUGCGGGUGCUAACUCACUUCUUGGCAGAGCAGGCGGACCCUCGGGAUCCUAAGGCCUAUUUCCUGGGCUCGGAUUGGCAGGUGGAUGUCACAAGGCUGGUUCGAUACUUCAUCAAGGUGGAGGACCCUCGAGUGGCAAAGCUGCAGGCGGGAAGGGUGCUGUCAGGACGGGACCUCGGGACAACCGCCAUCCAGGUGUUUUCGCCACUGUCUGACGCAAUCUUGGCUAAAACGACUAUCAAAGUCGUGGAUGACAAAGUGACCAUCACAGAGUUGGGGGUCCAGCUGGUUACAGGCCUCUCUAUGAUUUUACAGCUCAGUACCGGAAGCAAUAGGGCCAUCCUGGCCACAACGACCACACAGGAGGUCCUACAGAGCCCCAAACAGGAAGCUUUGGUGAGUGCCUGGCUGCAGUUCAGUGAUGGCAACCAGACACCUCUUGACAUUUAUGACCCGGCUUACUACAGAGUAACAGUGACUUCUCUCAAUCUGGGGGUGGUGUCAGUGCAGGGCUCUCCUCCUGCUGUGGUGGCAGAGGGUGAGGGCGAGGGAGUCCUGGUCAGAGUAGAGAUGUCCAUCUGCGAGUCCUGCCAGAAGUCCAAACGCAAAAGCACAGUGGCUGUGGGCAAUGGCAGCCUCAAAGUCAAGUUUCAAGUGAACGGUUGGCGCCCAGAUGACAAUACCAGCAAUACCGACAGCAGCAAGGACAACGGAAGUGACUAUGGGAACAACGGGAAAGAAGUGGACAGGAAGCAGAGGAAGCCGUCCCAGGAUCCUUCACCGCGCAGCUCAGCUUCAGAUAGAGAGAAGAGUGCCAGGCAGAAGGUCACAACCACGAUCAAAUCUACUGACCGAACCUUCAUCACCAGCGGCAGCCUUGGAGGAGUGGGUAAGAACAGCAAUUCGGGGAACACCGGCAGCCCUACCAGCGUGGUGAAUAUAAGCAUGAUGAACAGCCCCAGUGACAGCAGUAGAGCAUUUGGCUCAGACAAUAUUAUAGUGGAGGAUAUGAGCAGUGUUAGCUUUACCAGCACUGUGAAGGCCCCUGGCAACCUGGUGAACUAUAACAACUUCCCCACCAAGGUGGUGGUACCUGGGCAAGAGACAGCAGAAGUAGAAACUGGUGGCGAAGAAAUCUUGGGCAACAGGCCGCUCACAGACUUAGAGAUUGGCAUGUACGCUCUGUUGGGCGUCUUUUGCCUGGCCAUCCUGGUUUUUCUGAUUAAUUGUAUCUCAUAUGUUGUUAAGUUCAGGCAUAAGAAGCCUCCCUGUCAUGGCCAGGAGCCCACAGGGCACAGGCAUGACUGGGUAUGGCUCGGCACAGACGCCGAGCUGGUGAUGAGUGUGCCAGGCAGUCCUGUCCAGCAAGACUGCCAGACAACAACAACCGUCAUAGACAUUGGGCCCAAUAAGACUGCCUCUCUGCCCAGAAGGCCCAGUUGUCUGUCCUCUGUUACAGACUCGCCCCUCAGCUGCAUGGGCUCCCUCAGGAGCAAACCUAUGCACACAGAGUCCCUCCACUCGCCCACCAGCAAGAGAAAGAGAGUCCAGUUCACCACUUUCUCCACUCUGGAGCGCCAGCAUUCCCCACAUCUCCCGCCAAGAGAGAAUGGUCAUGGCAUCCACUGGGUUGGGAAGGAGGACAGUUGUGAAGAGGAACCCCAAGUGCCCAUUACACAGCCUGGGGACCCGUUAUAAUAAAGACCGUGAUCAGACCUCACAUGUACAGUAGAUGUGGCUUUGAUCACCUCAAUGCCUUUGUUAAGUCCAAUAACUGUCUAAAAAAAUGGGAUUUUGGAAUUGCCCUCUUCAUACAUUUCAUUACCUAUGAAUGCCUUUUACAUGUGUACUGUAUAUUAUUGUCAAUAUUGAAGUGUGGAUGCGUGUUAGACGGUUGAUUAGAUGGACUCUUAUUUAUACGUCUUAUUUAAACGUUAAAAGCCAAACCCAAUUGUUAAUGCUGCAUGUGGAUAAUAUUUGCACUCACAUGCUGGUAUACACAGUACAAAGACACGCUGAAAAAGUAUCCAACAUAACAAAAACAAUAUAUUGAUUACCAGUUAUAAAACAGAGCUCUACAGAGCAGCAGACGCCCGAUAGAUAUCUGUUUCACCAAAAAUGUGGCUUUGAUUAAACAUAAUUCUAGCUGAAAUGGGUGUUUUCUAUUAUGCAAUAUCCAAGAUCCCUCUUUUUGUAAAUUUAAAUUAAUCUAAUUUUCAUUUGAUUUUUUUUCAUUAAAACACUAUGAAUUUAAA